AUGGCUACCUCUAUCUCGGUGGCUCGUGUCGAGGACGAAUCACUUCGACUCUCUCGCUCGGCGGCUCUGAUGGAGGAAGAAUCACUCGCUUUGCUAAAGCUAAGUUUUUUGACUCCAACAGAGCGUAGGGAAAGGAGGAUUUGGACGCAAGUAGAUGAUGUGGUCCUAAUCAGCUCGUGGCUAAACACUAGUAAAGACUGUAUUGUUGGGAACAAGCAAAGAUACAGGGCAUUCUGGAAAAGAAAUGCAGCUUACUUUGCUGCAAGUCCUAAGGUUUCCGGCUGUGAACAGAGAACGGGAGACCAUUGUACGCAGCGCUGGCAGAAGAUCAACGAUGCUGUGAACAAAUUUUGUGGGGCUUAUGAAGCCGCAAGCAGAGAGAGAAGCUCAGGACACGAUGAGAAUGAUGUUCUGAACACUAAAAGGACGAAGCUCGAUGACAGUGCACAAUCAUCAAGUUCUUACGCUACUGAAACCACCACUGGUGAGGCUGAUCAAGGAUGUAACCGACCACCGGGUGUUAAGGCUUCAAAGGGACAUGGUAAGAAGAAGAUGGCAGAGGGGAAAGAGAAGCAAUCCAGGAUGACAUUUUCUGAGUUUCAGAGUAUGUGGAGCCUGAAGAAGGAGGAUUUGUCACAGAAAGAAAAGCUUUCCAAGAUAAAGCUACUUGACAGUUUACUCGCCAAACAAGAACCCCUAGCUGACUAUGAAGAAGCUCUUAAGAAGAAGCUCAUUAAUGAGUUGUUGGCUUAA